GCUCCUCACGUGGCUGCAGACCUGGUUUUGCUGCAGGAAGCCUACCUGUUGUUCCACAGCUUCCUGACCUGGCCGGAGCCCUGCAGCUCGGCCAGCAAACGGCUGCUGAACGUCCUGCAGCAGGAGCUCAGAGCACCAGGUAUUUCAUUUCAAAGGCUGGUUCAGUCAGAGCAGGGCAUUUCCCCUGAGAUUCACCACUACAAAACCAUGACGGUGCUGUUGGUGGGUCCGGUGGAGGACGUCCCUCCGGAGGUCCGAUCCGUCUCAGAUCAGCUGAUCAGCAGCCAGGACUCCUGCAGAGACGUCUCUGUUCUCCUCAUCCUCCACGCCUUCCAGGCUGCUCUGGGAUCCAAUCAGAAGCUGCAGACGCUCCGCUGCGCCCUGCAG